AUGAAAGCUUUUAUAUUUAGUACUCUUUUUUGUACAAUACCUGUUUUUUCAAGGAGUUUUGGUAAUAUAUUCAACGAUGAUCUAGAUUCACGUUUACUGGGUCCAUUAAGUGAUGGGUUGCUUUCUGCUCUAUUUGUGUUUCAUGAUGGAAAAGACUGUCUGUUUUUAGAUGGCCUAUGUACAGAAUUACAUAAAGGAUACGGAAAUUUAUCUAAUUUAGAUAGUCGACUGAGUGAUAUCUGCCAUCCUAAAUUAGAUAGUGCUACUCAUUGUAAAAAUCUUCUGGAAACUGCCGCGCCUGAAGCCCGUCAGCUUUAUACAGAAAUCCAGGGAUCAGGAUUCUCGCUUGGAAGCUGUAGACACCUUCUUACCUUAUGCAAUUUUCUUGCUGGUGUUUAUCCUCCUCUUGGUCCUCUUUGUGAGCAACUGAAGCUUAACUGCUACCACGGAGCACGCGAACAUACUGCUCUCAAGGCUCUUCUACAUAUGGGGGGAGACCGUUUGAGGACGCAUGAUGAAUGCGUUAAUAAAAUGGAACAAGUAUGCCAUGAAUAUAGUGACUAUACUCCUGAGUUCAAAGACUUAUGUGUAGACUUACAAAGCUUAUGCCAAACUCUUAUGGAAGGAUUCGUAUCUACAUGCGAAUUUUUAGAAACUCAGCAAACGCUAAAUACAAAAGAGCUAAGUAAAACCAUGUGUGGUCUGACUGAUCUAUGCUUUGAUUAUGGACGAAAUUGUAAUCAUCAAACACGCUCUUUUUGCAAAAGACUACACUCCAGUUGUGAAUCCAAAGGUUAUCCCGUUGCGCCGGCUUUAGGCAGUUCGUAUGAAACAACGCCAAAAAAAGAUUUAGAAGAAGCAUUAACAAAAUAUGGUGUUUAUAUGGGUAGACCUGAUCCAAAUAAGAAAAAUCCAUGGGACCCUUCAUUGUGUCUUUUGCUCCAACAUUCAAAACAAUCCCCAACCAAACAAGCAUGUGAACAUGUUACAUGGGACUUUGUACCUUUACUCGGCGACCCAACUUUGUUCCCUUUCUGCACACCAGAAGAGAGUCGUUUAGCAGACAAAAUUUGCUUAGGAUUAGAAUUAAGAUUAAAAGGUGAUUCUGGUUAUCUUCAUAAUCUUCAAGAGAAACUUAGUUCAAUGGACUUAAUUGGAAGUCCUAGAGAAAUUCCUAAAAAAUACCUUGAAGAUGGUCUAGAACUAGGUGAUUUACUAGGUAUGUCUUCUUAUAGCUUUACCACUCAUGAAUGUACACAACUACAAGCGGACUGUUAUUAUUAUGGUAUUUUUGGGGGAAAGGAUCUUCAACGUGGUUGCGACAGACUCUUUUCAAAGUGCUAUGAUAAAUCAUGGAAUAAAGCUGUUCUUAAAAAUCUACUAGGCACUGCAGAUCAACGUAUUUCAGGAACUACCGGACUUAGUUCAUCAAGUUGCCAAAAACACUUGGCCGAAAAAUGUAAAGGCUUAAAGUAUCCAGAUGUCCCUACAAUCUUGGUAUGUCUACAACUUGGAAAUACAUGUGAGGCUUAUACAGAGGAUUUGUGGGAAGAUAUUUAA